AUGACAUCCCUCAACCCAUCUCACAACCCGUUCAAAUCGUCUGCCCAAGCCGUACAUCACCCUUCGUCCGAGAAGCAGCAAAGUAACUUCCCAGAUAGUCUGCCCAGCGUCAAUGAACAUCACCAUGAGGAUCAUAAGAAGGCAAGGAAAGAAGGGAGGAAGAGAGUCAAGCAGGCUAUGCCUGUGAUGCCUGAUCUACGAUUCGAGCAGUCAUACCUCCUUUCCAUCCGACCUUUCCUCACUCCCCGUCCGACACCUACGGCAAUAGAGAAGAAAGGCCGAAUCGAACAGACCAAACCUAGCGGGACGUUAGUGAAGACUGCAGAUGAAGAUAGGGUAUUUCAUUGGGGAAGACAAGUAGAUGUUCAGUGGAGUAAAGUCCUUUGGGUGACAUUGAGAGAUCAGCUCGUAUCACCCUUGAUACAAGGUGCUUUAUGGGGAUGGGCGACGAUCUUCCUUGCUUCUACUGGAGCAGUCCUCCGUGCGAACUUGUACCCCGAAAGUCAUGUCAGACGAGGUAGAAUCUCAGGUGGGCCAGGUGGGAAGGUCGAUCAGUCCGGAGGAGGGAAUGCUGUAGGUGGAGUUGGGUGGUGGAAGAAUUGGGUAGGAAGCUUGUUUGGGGGUGUACAGAGUGCUACGGUGUAA